CAGCUGGUGAACGUUGCCGAUCGCCGUUAAGGCCAUGGCUUUUUUCAUGCACUGGAUGCAUUCGUAUGUUCUAAUUAAAAUAGCCUUUGCGUUGGCUUGGUCGGCAGGAUCGGCAGAGAUCUUCACAACGCCCGACGGGAUGUUGCAUUGGUGCCCUAACUCAGCCAAACCCCAAAGAACCUCAUUCAUGGCCACAAAUAACGUGGAUUGUCGCACACAAGAAGCGAGGGAACGAUUGCCGGCUCUCGGCUCUGUCGACGACUCUCGAUUGAAAGGAACUCUGCAGCUCGUGCACAGGGAGAUCGACAACACCUCUGCGGGCCUGCGGUGAGCACGUCCCCUCUGCGGCGGGUCAUGAGCAAGAACAGUCGGCCCGUGAGCCUGGGGUUCUGUUGGUCAAUUACAUGGCAAAGUCGCGCCAUCUCCGCCGUGUCCUGGGAAGAUGAGCAUGUCUUCGCGUAAAACGUAAAUGUUGGGCGGCAAGAACUGUAGCUUUUGGCUUCCGAUGCAGACCUCCCUGCUGCUUCAGUCUGUGCGGGGAUAAUUAGUUGCC